CUCCCGCUGCAGGUCUCUGGUACUUUCCUGCAGUUUGUUCGUCAUUCUUCGGGGGAACCUCUGAGCUUGGAUAGCAUCAAGGAACGGGUGCUCUACGUUUUGAAAUUGUACGAUAAGAUAGAUCCAGAAAAGCUCACAGUAAAUUCCCACUUUAUGAAAGAUCUGGGCUUGGAUAGCUUGGACCAAGUGGAGAUCAUCAUGGCCAUGGAAGACGAAUUUGGUUUUGAAAUCCCUGAUCAUGAAGCAGAGAAGCUGAUGUGUCCUCAAGAGAUCGUAGAUUAUGUAGCUGAUCGGCAUGAUGUAUAUGAAUAAGUGUUUCUGUCAAGCUGAGUGGUUCUGUUCUGCUCAGAGGGCCUGGGUGGCGCACGCAGGAAGACGGCGUUGGCAAGGAAGCCCGUGUGCAACCUCGCUGCCCCCAUGCGAAUAGCUCGGCUGGCUGCUGUAUUUAAAGUUGUACAAAUAUAUGUUGGCCUUCCAAAUAAAUGUAAGGCUCCCGUGGA